CGUGGUGCCCCUGGAUACGCCCGGUGGCUGCUUUGGGGUCUGGGGCUCAGGCAGGGGCCAUUUUGCAGAAGGCAGUCUCCCGGAGUUGGGAGCGGCUUGGCAGCUAACUGAAGCUGUUCCUUUCCCUCCUCUACAGCUUGUGGCUUGUAGAGGAACCUGGAAGGCUGGGCUCCAUCGAGCCCUUCACAGACGAUGGUUUCCUACAGCCUUUGCCAUCUGACGACUCUCCAUGGAGGCUGUGCCCUCUGCGCUGCUCCUGCUGCCGCACCUUCCAGCCCUCUGUGCCUAUCGCCUCCAGAGCUGCAGUCGUCCUUCCGCCCCAGAGACUGAUGAUAGUCGAGGUGGGGGCACCAUGAGAGGCGAGAAAAACUACUGCCGUGGAGCUGCCGGAGACCACGGUUCCUGCCCCCCGACACCUUCACCUCUGGCCUCGACCCUCGUGAUGCCCGCGGAGGCAGUCACAAGUGGUUGGUCUGGGUCUGGAGGUGGUUUGGCAGGGGGAGACGAAGAGGAGACUCGGCUUCUUCAACUCCUUCGGACCGCGCCAGAUCCUUCCGAGGCCUUCCAGGCUUUGCAGGCUGCUUUGCCGCGGCGGGGCGGUCGACUCGGCUUCCCCCGACGGAAGGAAGCAUUGUACCGGGCCUUGGGCCGAGUGCUUGUGGAAGGAGUUAGUAAUGAGAAGCGACUCUGCUUGCAGCUCCUCUCGGACGUUCUCCGGGGUCAGGGGGAGGCAGGCCAGCUGGAAGAGGCCUUUAGCUUAGCACUUCUGCCUCAACUUGUUAUCUCCUUAAGAGAAGAGAAUCCAGCCCUACGGAAAGAUGCGCUACAAAUCCUACAUGUCUGUCUGAAACGUAGUUCUGGACAGGUGCUGAGAACGCUUAUACAACAGGGACUGGAAAGUACCGACGCCCGACUUCGAGCUUCCACAGCACUACUGUUCCCCAUCCUGCUUACUCCUGAGGAUUUGUUGCUCAGCUUAGAUCUCACCGAGGUAAUAAUAUCCUUAGCCAGAAAGCUUGGCGAUCAGGAGAUAGAAGAAGAAUCUGAGACUGCUUUCUCUGCACUUCAGCAAAUUGGGGAACGACUUGGCCAAGAGAGAUUUCAGUCCUAUAUCUCUCGCCUGCCAUCUGCGUUGAGGAGACAUUACAAUCGCCGCCUGGAGUCUCAAUUUGGAAGUCAGGUUCCUUAUUAUUUGGAACUUGAAGCCUCUGGAUUUCCUGAAGAUCCUCUCCCCUGUGCAGUGACUGUUUCCAACAGCAAUCUUAAAUUUGGGAUUAUUCCUCAAGAGCUUCAUUCAAGGUUGUUAGACCAGGAAGACUAUAAGAACCGGACUCAGGCUGUUGAGGAACUAAAACAGGUGAUGGGAAGAGUUAACCCUAGUUCUACCCCUCAUUCCAGUCUUGUCGGUUUCAUUAGCUUGUUGUAUAAUUUGUUAGACGAUUCAAACUUCAAAGUGGUCCAUGGCACACUUCAGGUCCUGCAUUUACUGGUUAUUCGCCUUGGAGAGCAGGUACAACAGUUCUUGGGACCAGUUAUAGCAGCUUCUGUCAAAGUGCUGGCAGAUAACAAGUUGGUAAUCAAACAAGAAUACAUGAAAAUCUUCCUCAAGCUAAUGAAGGAAGUAGGUCCUCAACAGGUGCUUUGUUUACUCCUGGAACAUCUCAAACAUAAGCAUUCCAGAGUGAGAGAGGAGGUAGUGAACAUUUGCAUCUGCUCCCUCCUGACUUAUCCAAGUGAAGAUUUUGACUUAACCAAACUGUCUUUUGAUCUUGCCCCAGCUCUUGUAGAUAGCAAACGCAGGGUACGCCAAGCAGCUCUUGAAGCCUUUGCUGUGUUGGCAUCGUCAAUGGGCUCAGGUAAAACCAGCAUCCUUUUCAAAGCUGUGGAUACUGUUGAACUGCAAGAUAAUGGAGAUGGAGUGAUGAAUGCUGUGCAGGCCAGAUUGGCUAGGAAAACCCUCCCAAGGUUAACAGAACAGGGAUUUGUGGAAUAUGCAAUACUUAUGCCAUCAUCUGCCCAGGGUAGGUCAAGUCAUUUGGCACAUGGAGCAGAUACAGAUUGGCUUUUGGCUGGUAACAGAACUCAGAGUGCACACUGUCAUUGUGGUGACCACACAAGGGACAGCAUGCAAAUUUGUGGAUCUUACAGUCCAACCAUAUGUACCCGAAGGGUAUUAAGUGCAGGAAAAGGAAAAAAUAAAUUACCAUGGGAAAAUGAGCAGUCUGGAGUCAUGGGAGAAAACCAGACCUCCAAUCCCAAGGAUAUAGAACAGUUUUCAGCAUAUGAUUUCAUCCCAUCUCCAAAAUUAAAGCCCUCUCAAGGAAUGCCAGUCAAUGAUGAUUUAUGUUUUAGCAGAAAAAGAGUGUCAAGAAACUUAUUUCAGAAUAGUCGGGAUUAUAACCCAGAUUCUCUUCCUGUGUGUGCUGCUGGCAGUACUGGGACUCAUCAGACAAAUGUUUCUGGGAAAUGUGGACAACUUGGAUUUUCACAGAUAUGUGGGAAAACUGGCAGUGUGGACUCUGACUUACAGUACCUGGGGACAACUAAUAGUCAUCAAGAUAAAGCGUAUGCUAGCCUAAAUUUUGCCCCUAAGACACAACAGACAUUUGGUACCCAAACAGAACGUACUUCGUCAUACUCUGGUCUAAAUCCAAGUCCAGGAGGCUUCAUCCUUCCAUCCUAUCCUGUCUCAUCACCUCGAACUAGUCCAAAGCACACAUCUCUUACUGUAUCUCCAAAGAAGUCUCAGGAUAAUUGCAUCAAUUUCUCUAAUUCCUGGCCUCUUAAAAGCUUUGAGGGACUACCAAAGCCAAGUCCACAGAAAAAGCUUGUCAGCCAAAAAUCAUCUGACCCUCCAGGAGAAAAUUCUCAAGAAAAACUAUCUCCAGUUCAACUUACCCCUGCCUUGGUGAGAUCACCAUCUUCCCGCCGAGGCCUAAAUGGGACCAAACCUGUCCCUCCCAUACCAAGGGGAAUCAGCCUUUUGCCUGAUAAAGCUGACUUAAGCACAGUGGGACCCAAAAAGAAAGAACCUGAUGAUAUUUGGAAGAGUGAAAAAGAUAGUCUUACAAUCGAUCUUUCAGAAUUGGAUAUCAGAGAUAAAGAUUUGGAUCAAGAAGAGAUGCAGAGCUUUCUUAGGUCCCUUCGUAAUAGUGCAGCUAAGAAAAGAGCAAAACUGAGUGGCAGUACUCCUGAUCUUGAAAGCCCUGAUUCUGCAAUUAAGCUUGACUUGACUGUGGACUCACCAUCUCGAUCUUCCUCUCCAAACAUCAGCUCUUAUAGUGAAAGUGGAGUUUACAGCCAAGAAUCACUGACUUCUUCUCUGUCUACAACUCCUCAGGGGAAGAGAAUAAUGUCAGACAUAUUUCCAACAUUUGGAUCAAAACCUUGUCCUACAAGACUUUCUUCUGCAAAGAAUAAAAAUUCUGAGAUAGCUGACCAAAGCCCCAGUGCAGGGAUUACAACAUCCAAUGUAAGCAUAAUUGGUCAACGUAUGAACUAUGGGUUUGGAUGUGGUGAUUUUGAAGAUGAUAGAUCCCAUGACAUUUCACCUAGUGUUUUCAAGAUACAAAAUAAGGAACACCCAAGACAUACAAAAGCAUUUACAGGGUCAUCAUCAAAUUUACAGCAAAUUCCCAGUUUUGACUUCACAUCCACAAAUACCUUACCAGAAGACUCAGUAGUAGUUGUUGGAAAAGGUGUAUUUGGAAGUCCACAUUCAGCACCAGCAGCCUGCAACCAAUCAGUGAUAUCUUCUGUGGAAAAUGGAGAUACAUUUUCAGUUAAACAAAGCAUUGAACCACCAUCGGGGAUUUAUGGAAGAGCAGUCCAGCAAAGUAUUCCAUCAUAUGUUGAUGUUGAGAAUGAAAAGGAUAUUAAAGUUUCUAUUUCAAAAUCUACUUAUGACAAGAUGAGACAAAAGAGAAAAGAGGAAAAAGAACUUUUUGACAUUAAAGAUUGUGAAAAGAAGGAACAGAAUUCCUGGGAGCAAAUGAAACAUACAGGAACUGAGAAAAUGACAUCUGAACGUGAAGCAUCUCCUGGAGCCGUUCCACAAUAUAAAGAAAGGAUUCCUUCUGUCACUCAUAGUCCAGAAAUAAUGGAUACAUCGGAACUACGGUCAUUUUCCAAACCAGAAAUAGCACUGACAGAAGCCCUGAGGCUUUUAGCUGAUGAGGAUUGGGAGAAGAAAAUUGAAGGACUGAAUUUUAUUAGAUGCUUAGCUGCUUUUCAUUCUGAAGUAUUGAACACAAAGUUGCAUGAAACAAGUUUUGCAGUAGUUCAAGAGGUGAAAAAUUUACGCUCUGGAGUUUCUCGUGCUGCUGUGGUCUGUUUAAGUGAUCUUUUCACUUACCUGAAAAAGAGCAUGGAUCAAGAACUAGAUGCUACAGUAAAAGUUUUGUUGCACAAGGCUGGAGAAUCAAAUACAUUUAUAAGAGAAGAUGUUGACAAAGCCCUGAGAGCUAUGGUCAGCAAUGUAACUCCUGCACGUGCAGUUGUUGCUCUUAUCAGUGGAGGACAAAGCCAUUUACACAUUGCGGUAAGAAGAUGUACAGCCCAGCACUUAUCAGAUGUAGUGGAAUUUAUGGAACCAGAGCGUAUUUUAUCUGGAACAAAGGAUAUGGCUGACCGCAUAUUACCAGCUGCUGCCAAGUUUGCUCAGGACAGUUCACAAGAAACCAGGUACUAUGGUCGAAAGAUGCUUUUCCUUUUGAUGUGUCAUCCAAACUUUGAUAAAAUGCUUGAAAAAUAUGUCCCAUCUAAAGACUUGCCAUAUAUUAAGGAAUCUGUUAAAAGCUUACGGCAAAAGGGUUUGGGAGAGAUACCACUAGAUACUCCUUCAGCAAAAGGAAGACGAUCUCAUACUGGUACUGUUGGAAAUACACGGUCAUCCUUUGUUUCUAGAGAUGCUUUCAAUUCAGCUGAAAGGAUAUUAAGAAUGAAAUUAAAUUUACCUUUCUUUGACUUUAGAGAAGUAACUGAAAUUCGUGACAUCACCAGAAAAUCAGUUCCCCGCAAUUCCUUAGAAAGUGCUGAAUACAUUAAAGUCAUAACAGGUUUAUUAAAUGCAAAAGACUUCCGUGAUCGUAUUAAUGGGAUUAAGCAGCUUUUAUCAGAUACUGAAAACAAUCAAGAGCUUGUUGUUGGGAACAUUGUGAAGAUCUUUGAUGCUUUUAAAUCUCGGCUUCAUGAUUCCAAUAGUAAAGUAAAUCUGGUGGCUCUAGAAACAAUGCACAAAAUGAUUCCUUUGCUUAAAGACAACUUAUCUCCUAUAAUCAACAUGCUAAUUCCAGCAAUAGUAGAUAACAAUCUGAAUUCUAAGAAUCCAGGCAUCUAUGCUGCUGCCACAAAUGUUGUUCAAGCACUGAGUCAGCAUGUAGACAAUUAUUUGCUUCUACAGCCAUUUUGCACAAAAGCUCAGUUUUUAAAUGGAAAAGCAAAACAGGAUAUGACUGAAAAGCUUGCUGAUAUUGUUACGGAACUUUAUCAAAGGAAGCCCCAUGCCACAGAACAGAAAGUAUUGGUUGUUUUAUGGCAUCUCUUAGGGAACAUGACAAACAGUGGCUCUUUGCCUGGAGCUGGAGGAAAUAUACGAACAGCCACAGCUAAAUUAUCGAAAGCACUUUUUGCGCAAAUGGGUCAGAAUCUGUUAAAUCAGGCUGCAUCUCAAUCACCACAUAUCAAAAAGAGUUUAGAAGAAUUGCUCGAUAUGACAAUAUGAAAUGAAUUAUGAAUCUUUGAUGAAAUAUAGUAUGAUGAACAAAAUUGUUUACAUGAUGACAAAUGGAACUUUUUCAAGUUACAUUUUCAGUGCCUGCACUACUCAUCUGGUAAAUUAAGUCAAUGGCUAUUUGUAUUUGCAGCCAGUGGGCACACAUCUGCUCUGUAUCAACCCUACCACUUGUACCCAUCACAGACAGAGAAACCUAAAAUAAUUAAUAUAACCUAAUAUUCAUGAAAUCUGAGGCCCAUGGAAUGAAUCCAGUUAUAUUUUUGAGGAAAGUCCUGCUCAUUUGCACUGUUCUAUAGAAACGACAGUUCAUUGCCCUAUAUGUACAAUUAGAUUUGUAAUUAAAAAUAUACUUUUUAUUAUGUAAUCAUGUUCUGUCAUUACUCAGCCUUAUUUUAUGAAGUGAAAUAAGUCAUUGAACUAUGUUAUCACAAACUAACUUUUGUGUGCUAUUUGUGAAAAACAUGUAUUUCUGAAAUCAGUCUGCUAAUAUGAUUGUGCAGUAUUAGCUUGCUUUUGCUGCUGUUAAUGUGAUAUAUUUGCUUACCAUUUGGGUUUAAUCAUCUAUAAUUGUGAAAUUUAACAAGUUAUAAUGAAGCAUGGUGACCAAAGUUUUAGAAAACACUUAAACAUUUUAAAUGCACGUUUAAGAAAACAUGUUGAAUGUAACUUCCCUAUUUUUGUGUGAAAACACUAAAUUUUAUUUCUAUAUGUCCUGACAUUUAUAAAGGUGUUAUUUUGCUGCCCAGUUGUGUAAUUCUCAAAAAUAGUGCCAGGUCUUCUAUAGGCUUUUCUCAGAAUUCUUGGGCUAUAAGUACUGUAUGCAUCUUAAAAAGAAAAGGAAUGUUAUAAAAAUAAAAGGAUUUAUUUCUGUAGA